AUGUCGACCUUCACCCACCCAAACUACGCGGUGCCCAUAACCUUGCCCGCGGGUCUUUCCCAGGAGCAGCUUCUCGAAUUUCAUCCGUUUCGUUCUUGGAUAUCCACGCUUGAGAACUCCCUUGGCCUGCAAGUCCAGAACCAUUCGCACCCCUUCCACCAGGAUCCCUAUGUGCUCCGCUCCGUGACGGUUCAGUCAUUUGACCUCUUUGGCGGCAAGAGGCUUGGCUUCCUCAAGCUCCUCGCCGAAGUGACCAACAGCGCCGGAGAGAAACUCCCUGGAUCCGUCUUCCUGCGAGGGCCAAGCGUCGCCAUGCUUGUGAUCCUGAUCCCCGAAGAUGCACCCGUCGACACCGACGAGCGCUACGUUGUACUCACCGUGCAGCCACGGAUACCAGCCGGCAGCCUCGAGGUUGUUGAAUUGCCCGCUGGCAUGGUAGAUCAAGAGGGCCAGUUCGUUGGGACUGCUGCAAAGGAAAUCGAGGAAGAACUCGGCUUGAAGAUUCCCACUUCGGAGUUGAAGUGCCUGAGCGAGAUGGCAGGCAUGUCCCCAAAGAGCGACGACGGCAAGAUCCAGGACGGUAAUCUUUCACGAGCCAUGUACCCUUCUGCCGGGGGCUGCGACGAAUACAUCCCCAUUUACAUGCACGAGAGACGCGUACCGCGGGACACGCUUAGUGACUGGACGGGUCGACUUACGGGGCUCCGUGAGCACGGUGAGAAGAUAUCCCUGAAGCUGAUCAAGAUGCAGGAUCUGUGGCGCGAGGGCGCAAGAGACGCCAAAAGCCUUGCGGCGGUGGCCUUAUGGGAAAGCUUGCGAAGAGAGGGAAAGCUCUAAUUGAAACACGAGUGGACGGCAUACGUGUGCCGGGUGUUCUUGAGAAUAACGCUGGAUGGAGAUGUUCGCGACUCUCGUCAUUAUUCCUUCUACGGCCUACUCACAAGUCCGAAUUUCUGCGCAAUUUGAAUACCCUUGGCGAAACUGGCCAGGCGCGCAUCAAGCGCAUAUCCUUGAGCCUCCCAUCUGACACAUUCGUCCCACAAAUCGUCGAGCUUAACGUGAAAGACCUCGAUAAACUCGUUUUCCUCCAGCUCGGGUUUCAAGUUCUGGUUCUCCGGCAGGCUCAUGUCCACGCUGACCUCGACUAGUUUAAAGUUGGUGUUACAGAACCCGGGGUC